AUGCUAGCGCUUCGGCGUCUCAUUGCGACACGUGGCAGCUCGGCGGCAGCCGUAGUAGUCUCGAAGCAGCUGAGAGAAGCGUGUCGCGAAUUCAGAAAUGGGAGCGACGCGUUCUGGCAAGACAUAGCGAGUCGAUCCAAGGACACUGCCGCGCCCUCCGAGCGGCACUUGGUGGUGACGGCGUCGGGGCCGGACAGGCUGGGCAUCGUGUCCACGCUGGCGAAGCGCAUCCUGGAGUGCGGCGGGAACGUGGAGGAGAGCCGCAUGGCGCGGCUAGCAGGAGACUUCUCCAUCAUCAUGCUUAUCCGCGUCGACGCCACGUCGCCCCGGAUAGCGGAGGACCUUCGGCUCAAGCUGCUGGAAGUGCAGGGGCUGCAGGUGAGCACGCGGUGGACGGUGGACGAGCGCAGUGAGGAGACGGCACCGAAGCGCAAGUUCCGACGGCUGGUGCUGCGAGGAGCUGACAACCCGGGGCUGGUGUACAACGUGACGGAGUACCUGUCGUCAAAGAAUAUCAACAUUGAGAACCUAGAGACGUUUACAGAGGAGGCACCCUUCGGAGGCACCAUGCUGUUCCUGAUGGAGGGGGUCAUCGCCAUGCCCAUCCGCCUGCCCACACGGCAGUUGGAGCGGCAGCUGGACGCGUUGCAGCAGUCGCUGGGAGUGCAGAUAGAGCUGCUGAACCUGGACCCGAAAGACAUGGUGGAGGACUGGAGGGUGUGGCAGCAAACAAUGGCGCGAAGUUGGGGGCUACCAAAGUACAGCUCACUAGCAGCAGCCAAACCACCCCCUUUCCACGUCUGA